AUGUCGGCGGCUGAAACGCGGGACCGCUCUGGCUCCCUCCACUCUGAGGAGAAGGACACCCUUGGCUACCCCAUCCAGUCCCAGACGCUCUCCAAGGGAACCACCGGCUCUCAGGACCCCGAGGCCAACCAGAUCACUGAGGACAUCAAUGCCGGUUUCGAUGAGGCCGAGGUCAAGCGUGUACGCAGAAAGAUCGACAGGCGUCUGCUUCCCAUUCUCGGCGCACUCUACUCGAUUGCGCUCAUUGACCGAACCAACCUUUCAGCCGCUCGUAUCGCCGGUGCUGGUGUCGAGCUCAAGCUUACGGCCGGUACCAACUACAGUAUCCCUCUGCUCAUGUUCUUCGUUCCUUACAUCCUUUUGGAGAUGCCUUCCAACUUGCUCCUUCGAAAGAUCGGUGCGGCCAGGCAGCUGUCGUUCAUCGCUUUCUUCUGGGGUAUCGUGAUGCUUGGUCAAGGUUUUGUCAAGGACAGGCAUCAGCUGACCGUCACUCGUGCUCUUGUCGGAGCCUUUGAAGCUGGCUUCUUCCCCGCCUGUGUAUGGCUCAUCUCGACGUGGUACGUACGCAGGGAGUCGCAGGUGCGCAUGUCUGCUUUCUACCUCAUCUCGGUCGGCGUCUCUGGCUUCUCCAACAUUCUCGCAUACGCCAUGUCACUCAUUCGUGUUCCCGACCGCACCUUCCGAGGAUGGCGUUGGAUUUUCAUCAUUGAAGGUCUGGCCACUGUGGUGCUUGCGUUUGUCGCCUACUUUACCAUCAUCGACUUCCCCGACAAGGCUGCCGAGAAGGGCUUCCUCACCAUCACUGAACGUGACAUGAUCUUGACACGUAUCCAGCGCGACCGUGGUGAUGCUAAGCCCGACUCGCUUACCUGGGCCAAGGCGUUCAGGUACGCCAAGGACAUCAAGGUGUGGCUAUACGGCCUCAUGUUCAUGUGCACCACCAUGCCUACAUACGCUUUCGCCUACUUCUUGCCCGGUAUCCUUCGAGGCCUCGGUUUCAGCAUUAAGGACCAUCAGGACUCGUUCCUGCUCGGUGCUGCGCCCUACGUUGUGGCCAUGGUGGGUGCCUUUGGUACUGCGGUCCUUGCCGAUCGAUUCUUUAUCCGAAUGCCGCUCUUGAUCGCUCAGUGUAUACUCACAAUUGCCGGUCUGGGCAUGCUCUUCGCCACCAAGCAACGUAACGUUCAGCUUGCAGGCUGUUUCCUGGGUGUCUGGGGUGCCAACGCCAACAUUCCUUUUGUUCUCAACUUCUCACAGAACAACGUGGCUGGUCAGAGUAAGAAGUCGUUUGUUUCCGUCAUCGUUAUCAUGUUUGGUGGUAUCGGCGGUAUCUUUGCCUCGCUCGCCUACAACGAGAAGGAUGCACCUCUGUACCGCAAGGGUCUGUACGCAACGCUCGCAUGCCAGGCCUUCAACGUUCUCUGUGGUAUCGGCUUCACGCUUUACUUUUACGCUGCCAACAAGAAGAUCCGAGCUGGCCGCAAGGUGGUUGACGACCGCCCUGGUUUCACCUACACCAUCUAA